AUGCAAUUCUUACCAUCACUUCUUCCGUUAUUAUUGACAGGAGCAAGUUUUGUGCUGGGACAGUGUCCAGCAGGUGGUACAGCGAUGCUAAACGGUUAUCGGUGUACAUCGAGCACACAGUGCCAGAAUAUCUCUCCGGAAUACUACUGUUACCAGGGAGUUUGCUGUUUGGAUAGCUUAGCAAACUCAGUGUCAUACGGUGGAUACUGUACGAUGACCGCACAAUGCAGUACAUUUGGCGCAAUGUGCAUUUCACAUGUAUGCCAGUGCGCAAAUGGUUCGCAGUACAACGGUCGUGCGUGUAUCGCAACUCCAAUUCUUUGUCCUUCAAAUCAAAUUUCGAUAAAUGGGCAGUGCUACCGGAGAGUAACCUAUGGUUUUCUAUGUAAUUACACUCAACAAUGUGCUUAUAUUGGCGCUUUUUGCACUGAUGGAAUUUGCCGUUGUCAAUUUGGUUUUACUUUUGAUGGAAGCAAAUGUAUUCCACGUUCUAAGAUCUGUCCUGGAAAUCAGAUAGCCAUUAGUGGACAGUGUUAUCCAUUUGCUCGCUUGGGUGAAGCAUGUAUGUAUAGUGAGCAAUGUAUCGAUAAGUGGUAUCGGUCACUUUUGUGUGUUAAUGGUCAGUGUGUGAUCCAAAUGAAUGAUGACACUUCGAGAGCGACAUGCCGUGAUCGACGUGCUGAAGUGGAAUACGUGAAUGGUAGUGUGAAGAACUGUUUAUAUUGGCCCUGUACGGUUGGUUAUUUUUGCGAAUACAGUGAAUCCCAGAAUGGUGGUCAGUACAUCUGCUGUGGUACCAAUGCUAAUAAUAUUUAUGGUAAGGUGAAAGUGUAUCCGGGCACUAACAAGCCAUUAAAUUGUUCUACAACUAACGGUUGUAUAUUUCCGGAUACACCUAAUUGUGUUAUGUCGCAUCGAUAUGGUUACAAAGUUUGCUGCUCAACUAUGAACUGCUAA